CACUGUCUACUGCCGGAAUGUCAAUCAAAUGAAAACAAAAAAAAAAGCGGCGUGAAAAACUGAAAAGGACCGAAGGAAACAAAUUUCGCAGCUCCCCUCGAUGCGGUAAACGGAACAGGAUAGCCGGAAGAGGAUAACCGACUCGGGCCGCAGGGAGCAGGCACCAAGGGCCGGAUGGAGACGCACUUUAUGGCUAAAAUGGGGAAGUGGAUGACACCCGAGGAGGAGGCGCGCCAGAAGUUCAUCAUGCGGGAGCGGGAUCGCGAACGGAAGCGGAUCAAGCGCUUGAAUCCCGAAUACCGGCAAAUGGAAAGGGAGCGGGAUCGGUUUCGCAAGCAGACGCCCAGGCCCAGUCUGAUGACACCCGAGGAGGAGGCGCGCCACAAGUUCAUCAUGCGGGAGCGGGAUCGGGAGCGGAAGCGGAUCAAGCGCUUGAAUCCCGAAUACCGGCGAAUGGAGCGCGAGCGCGAUCGAUUCCGCAAGAAGGCACGACGUGCUAACCAGUUGACGCCCGAGGAGGAGCUGAGACUGAAGAUGAUCCAGCGGGAGCGGGAUCGGGAGAGGAAGCGGAUCAAGCGCAUGAACCCGGAGUACAGGCGGCUGGAGCAGGAGCGUGAUAGGGACAGGAAGAAGGCGCGGCGGGCCAACGAGGCCUUCAGACAGCUGGAGAAGCUGCGCGACAAGAUCCGGAAGGAUCGGAAGAAAGGGCUGCUGGUCUCGGAUCCGCUGCAGCUGCCGCCGGAGUUUGCGAACAUGAUACCGCCAGUGCCUGUGAAUGUGAAGCCAGAGGUGGGUCUGCCACCGCCACCACCCCAGCAGCAGUCAGCGCCGCAGCAGCAGCAACAGCAGCAACAACAGUUGCAGCAGCAGCAGCAAUCGGCGCCACUGCAGCAGCAUCAGCCACCGCCCACGCAUCUCCAGGAGCAGCAGCAGCUGAGUCACCAGCUGGCGCAUCAGCGAAACCGCGCUAUGACCACCAGCACGCUCACCCAACUGGCGACGCCGCCCGCCCAUGCCACGCACCUGCAGCAGCUGAACAAGCUGCAGCAACUGUACCCGCCCCGGAGCUUCGGUCACCCCGGCCUGCCCAUUGCCGGCGUGGCACUGAUGCCGCAGCUCUGCCAUCCCAUCCUGCACCAGAACCUCAGUGCCGCCACCCUCUACGCGGGUCCGCCCAAUGGCAUCAAGCAGGAGUACGGCCAGGAUGUGUCCGCCUCCGCAAUGGCGGCGGCCCAGGCGGCAGCCUUGGCUUCGCUAAGGAAUCCCCAGCAGCAGGAGGAUGCCGAAAUGGCCCUGAAUCUCGAGCCGGAGAUCAUACUCCACACGGCGCCCGAUGUGAAUCCCGCUGCCCAGGGUGCGUCGCAGCAGCAGCAUCACUUCAGCGCCCAUCAGCAGCAGCAACAGCAACAGCAGCAGCAGCAGCAGCAACAUCAUCUUCAGCAACAGCAGCAGCAGCAUUGCAGCAUGUUCCAGCACAUGGCUCCGCAGGCGCACAUGCAGCACAUGCGUUCCACGGUUUUGCCGCCGCCACCGCCGCCCCCCUCGCUGGCCCUGCCACCGCUGCCGCCCCCGCCACCUGCCACGCACCAGCAACAACCGGCUGCGACGCCACAGCAACUGCAACAGCAGCAGCAGCAGCAUGCACCGCAGUGAGGUUCACACUCGCCUUUAGUCCUAAGCUCAACUCUCUCUCUAGCCAGCUAAGCGCAUCCGAAUGCUUGAAGCCUGGAGUUGUGAUCUUCGUAAGUUAUGUGAUUUUUCCGCUAAAUGUAUUAAGUUGCCAGCCUGCGAGCACAAACCUUUUGGUAAUUUCUUUAGAAGAGCUCAAGAAAACAUAUUUUUCAAGCCAUUCAUUAAGUUUUCCUUAAGUUUCCUUACUAUUGUACAUUGAAAAUACAGAAAAUAAGCUGCAAACUGUUGGAUAAUUUAUUAUGAAUGAGCUGAAAGCCAUUUAAGAUUUAGUUUGUUGCUGAAGCCUCUUGUUUUUUUAAUUCAAUUUGGCAAAAUAUCAAUUUUUAAAUAUUUUUUAAUAAAAAUAUAUUUUUUAUUUCUCAAAACACGAGUCUCAAGUUAUAAUUAAAAUUAUUGAAUGUUAAGACCUUGUGAUAAAAAAUGUUCUUCUGGCUAAUUGUAAGCAUAAAUAGCAGAAUACUCUGAGCUGCAAACAAUGUUUCAAAAUAUGAAUUCUGCUUUUUAACAACAAAUUUGUCAAGAAAUAUCUUUAAAAACUUCAUUCUAUAUAAGUUUUCCAUUCGUUUCAAGUUUUAACUCUCCGAUAUAUGUGGGAUAAAUCAAUUUUCUGUUUGAUAUAUCAGAUCAUUAAUAUCGGAAGAAGAAGAAAUUUCCUUCUUUUUUUUUUAAAUUUAUAACUUAGAAAACCGAUAUUUUUCGAUAUUUAAAAUUUCGAUAAAUCAAAGUUUUUAGUUAUUUCUUAUAUACAUCCCUACUCAACCUUGGCAAUCACAACUCGAAGGACUCGCUCGCAUUCACAACUCGCCCUACCCCCCAAUUCACACUCACACUUCCACUCAUGUUUAUUUCUGUGUAUGUUAAGUAGACGCCAUUUGUAAAAUGCCGUUACGUAUUACGAUCCGUAAAGCGUUACGCAUUACGUUAGUUUAUUGAUUAAUGGGCUUCCCCGUCAUUAGUUUCCAGCAUUUGUCUCUGUUUUUUAGGUCUGUACGUACGUAUGUAUUUUUGUUUAGUCGCUAAGUGAUAGACGAUACGAUAUUGGCAAGUUUAGGAUGAUACGAUCUACAAUAUAACUAACGAUAACUGUAUACCUAUAUGAUAUGAUUCAUAUACAUAGAGAGUAUGGCCAGCCGCAAAAAAAUAAUUAUUACGAAUUUAUGCGCAAAAGAAAAUUACGAGCGAAAUAUAUGAAGCAAAAGCGAGUUUUGCUAAAAACAUGAA